GAUAUGAUUGUUCAAUAUAAAAAAGUUUAAAUACCAAUUACUAGGUAGCUGAUUAUGAUAGGAAAAUAGUGAGUAGUUGGUUGAACUCGUCAUUCUGAUUUUUUUGUUCGUGAUUUUCAGCAUAUAAAAGUCGAAUUACGUGUAAAAUAGCGAGAAAAAUGUCGAACAUGAUGCAGUUUUUCCGAAUUUCCUUCUUGAUUGUAGCAGUAUUAGUAUUGACAACCGAAGCUUUUCCAAAGAAAUCUGAUUUUGUUGAAGAGCUUUCAAGCGGAUCAAAAUACGUAAACGUAGAUGAAACAAUCGAAAAUAAUUUUCAAAUUGCUGACGCUGAGAAAAAGAUCGUGAAACGUCAAGUUCGUCCAGGCGCAACAGGUCCUGGUCAAUAUGGAGGAACCUGGAAUUCACAAAACGGUAAAACAGAGGUUAAAGCCGGAGUAGAUUUUAAUCGAGCACCUCAAUUAGGAUGGCAUGCUGAUGCUAAACAUCAAAUUUACAAAAAUCCAAGCGGAAAAGUCACCGUCGAUGCGUUUGCUGGAGCCAACCAGCAGUUUAAUCAAAUUGGUAAAUCACAUCCUAAUGUUCAAGGUGGUGUUAGGGUGAAUUUCCGUUGAAACCAGAAUAGAAUUUGGUACCUACUACCUACUUAAGUAAAUGUAAAAUUUUGAAUUGUAUUUUCUUAAACGAGAUUUCAAUUACUACGUACUUACACGUAAUUUAUUUAACAGACUAUUUUUAUCAUAAAAGUGUAUUAUUGCCUAUGAUUUAAAUAAGUAGAUAUAGGUAUCAGAAUCAAAUAAAAUUCGAAAAAGAAAUCUACAAUUUGAUCUGAAUAAUUUUUCACUAGAAACUAUGCUAGAGAGGUGAGUUUUACUCAUAAACUCAGUUAAAAUAGAAAUAUGGCCAACAAGUUAAUUCAAAAAAUUUUCAAAUUUUCCAAAAACAAAAAUAAAAAAAUUAGAAAUACCUACCUGUGUGGUUAUUUAUUACUCGAAUUUUCACUCUCCUAAGAAAGUUGAAUUCAAAAAAAAUUCCACUGAUAUAAUCUGACAACUUUGAGAAAAAUUUGACGGAAUUUGAUGAAAUUUGCAUAAAACAAAAUCAAAAUAAUGCAUACCUAUGUUUAAAAAUGACAUCAAAACACUCAUGCGUGUAAAAGCACAUUUCAAAUGACCAAAAACUGAUAGAAACAUGCUUGAAAACCUAUUGAAAUAAUAUUUAUGCAAAAACAUGAAAAUCAUAAAAAGGCCCUAGGCAGAUAAGUAUAUGCAUGGUCGAGCGGCCCCCGGGACCUUCGGAGGUGAAACUUUUGUGAUGUAUAGGUACCCCCAGGAUAAGUAUUUUCCCCAAGCUUUGGACCUCAACUCUGAGUAGUUCUUGAGUAAUUCCUCAAAAAUCGAAAAUCGUUUUUAAUUUUUUUCUCAGGAUAAAUAAAGUUGUUACUUUCAGCGUUUGACAUUUUAAAUAGAAGAAAAAUGUAAUACAGUGUUUUGUGUACAA